CAUAAUUUUCGCUUUUUGAGUCCAGCCUCCAGUUCUUGCCGUUCGUGAAUACCUGAGAGCGUGAAAAAAAAGGAAAAAGAGAGCGUGGCCAUGGUGAUUUCAACAAAUGGACUGCUUGGCUGCAAAUUAGAUCUUAUCUGCUGUGGUUUGCCUUCCCAGGGCCUCAUAUGGCCAGGACUACCUUCCAAGCCCAGGUGUAGAAGCCCCGUUGACGAGCAAUGGAUCGCUAUCGAUUCACGAACGUGCAGCUUUUCUGAACUUGAAAGUUCGGGUAUUCUGUGUAGAUCUCGUACGGAUGAACGAACCACAAAAGCCAGCAGAAAUUCCUCCUUUGGCAAAUGGAUUGCACCCGAGAACCGAUUUCUUUUCGGAGCAAUAGAAGCCCGUAGAACGGAGGUUGCGAGAGUUACAGGCACGCAACAUUCGCCCCUCUGUGUUUGUUGUGGCUAUGAUGGAUAUCACAAUACGUGCUCGCGAGGGCACACUUUGCAGACUGCAGAUGACGGUGCAGAUGGCGGUCCACGUGGCGCCCAGCAGCAGCCUUCUCGUGCGUUGUAUUUGCCGACGUUGCCGUCCUAUGCCGAGGGCGAGGGGGCGCAGGAAGGGGAAGCUCGGACCCCUGUCGCAGGGGAAAGGGACAUCGGCGAAGUUUUGCAGCAACCUGUUCGUACCCUGUUGAUAGAUAAUUAUGAUAGUUAUACCUACAACUUGUAUCAGAUGUUAGGAGCCCUGAACGGAGAGGCACCGCUGGUGGUUCGCAACGACGAAAUAACGUCCAAGGAACUCAGAAAGCUCGUAGAUCAGCACAGAUUUGACAACAUUGUUAUAUCCCCCGGGCCCGGGACACCCUCAAGGCCGUCAGAUAUCGGAAUAUGUUCAACGAUAUUGGAAGAGCUGGAAGAUAUGCCCAUACUUGGAGUGUGUCUGGGUCAUCAGGCCCUUGGGUUUGUUCACGGUGCAAGCGUGGUCCGUGCACCAGAGCCUGUGCAUGGCCGUCUAAGCGAGCUCGAGCACGUGGAACAUCAUCCUCUUUUCCGGGGAAUUCCGAGUGGCCCAGGAUCGGAAUUCAAGGUUGUUAGGUACCACUCUCUCGUCAUCGAUGAGUCGACCUUGCCUGAUGACCUUCUUGCCACCGCAUGGACUGUGUCAUCGUCUUCAAAAAGCGCUUUUUCGUCCUCCGCUGGAACACGUGGAGAUGGUGGGAAGGGCAUGAUUGUGAACGAUUCAUUGUCAAGCGAAAGGAAGUCCUUGGCAGGCAAACAUUGUGAACUUGACGGACGAACCGAGGGUAAAGUGCUGCCCACAUAUGAUCGUGAUGCAGGACGGAGCAAUGGUGAGUGCAGUCAAUCUCUUCGUGAUUUGCCCACUGGGAAUGCCAGCUGUUAUGAUCACUACCUCAGUGAUGAUCCGCCGAGCAGGAGUGAAUGUGAUGGUCGAUGUUUGCCUGGCAGAUGGGAGAACGGGAGCGGGAACGCUCCACGCAGAGACGAUGCGAUGGACGUGCAAACUCUUCAGGGUCAAGACUGUCCUCCUCGACUUGAUGAUGCUUGCAAGUCAAGGGGUGUGGGAAUCGGGACGGUGUUGGACAGUGGGCGUAUCUUGAUGGCAGUCUCUCAUAAAACUCGCCCUCAUCACGGAGUCCAGUUCCAUCCAGAGAGCAUAUCAACGGCGUAUGGCAACACAAUCCUACGGAAUUUCCACGACCUUACUGUGGAAUUCUGGCAGAAUCGUCUCGGAGUCGAGGGGUGGGUUGAGAGGGCAAGAGGUGGCAGCAAUGGCAGAAAUGCCAACCUGAGCACCAAAUUUAUGUCCAGAUGCGUUCCUCCUAGCAGCAGCACAGCUAGGGGGAAUGCACCUGUGCUCGACUCCAGAGAGAGGCGUCCAGAGAGGAGUAGUUUGGGAAAUGGGAAAGAUUUGCCGGGCGGUCGGGCUUCGGAUAUCACAUCCGUCUUGAAGAGAAACAAACACCAUAUCCCACUUCCGCUUCAAGAAGGGGUGGAUCUCCAGACAGCAGAGAACGAAGAUACCUCCAAUUUCACCGAAAGCAGAGGAGCAGUGAAAGAUGGAGUUGGGCGUCCAAAUGCGGAGAGACUAGGGAAGAAUCAACGAGAAGCUGUUGACCCCAAACAGCCUGACCCUGCAGGACAGGGGACGCAGGUGGCAUUGGAAUCCAAGAGAGAGAGAAAGUCAACGGUAAGUGAUGAUCCCUCGAACUCACCACAAAACUUUGUCGUUGCGACUCCGUCUGCGCAGCCGCGGGAUUUCUGGGACCACAUUUUGUCGCACAACAAUGGCAAUAGCGGUGCUCAUCCGUCACCAAAGGUAUCUCUUUGUUCAGGCACUGAUUACACCGACACAGAUCAAACGAGCCAGGCUACCAGCUCUCCUGUUGUUGCACACCUGGCUGGUGCUUGUCGACUUGUUUGGGCAAAGGCGUCCAAUGUGCUGGAAAGAGCUGGCGGCUCCGAGGCAAUCUUUAUGGAGCUGUUUGGCAGAACAUCAGGUAAAGAUGCAUUCUGGCUUGAUAGCGCGAUUACGUGUGAGAGACGGGCACGGUUCUCUUUCAUGGGGGGACCAGGUGGUCCCAUGUGGAGGCAAAUCACCUACUCCCUCCCAGAUCCUCACGGGUCAGACGCAAGAGGGGUUUUGACAGUGUCCGAUAGCUUAGGCCGCUCACAGCAGUGCCUAUGCUCACAGGGACUUCUCCAUCAACUUGAACAGGCGCUUGAGGCAUUGAAGCUGCUUCACAAGGAAGAUGCUGACGGCCUCCCAUUCUCAUUCGUCGGAGGGUUUGUCGGUUAUCUCGGGUACGAAAUGAAAGCAGAAUGUGGUGCGCUUUCAGGCAGCAAUCCGUCAGAGACGCCUGAUGCUGCAUUCUUCUUGGCGGAUCGUUUCGUAGCGAUAGAUCACCGAGACGGGGACGUGUAUGCUGUGUGUCUCUACACGGAUCAGGAGCACGAGAAUAGACGAGAGAGUGGCAAUGGAAAACCUCAAUACGACCAAGCCACGGGAAUGGGCACGCCUGCCGAACUGCAGCAGGCAACGACAUCAAUCAGCAACCGUGGGAGUACGUCCAUACCACCAUUGCAAUCCAAUGGCUGUGACAGGUUGCAGAGUGCCGUCACUUCGAAUGGACGUGUAGGCGACGAGGUUGACACGGAGCAGGGAGAGGAAGGGCUCUCCUCGGCACGAUCCAGUGGCUGCGCGUGCUCACAAGAGGUUGGUUCCAAUCCAUUGACAAGUGGAGAGGGUCAUGUGGGAAGGGACGAGAAGAGGUCAUCUCCCCUCGUGCACAUUUCACGCUCUCAGGAAGUCACUUCUGAUGGACGUGGCCAAAGAGAUGGGGACCCGAAAGAGAUGGAAGAGAACGGGUCAUUAUCUUUGAAAGCAGCAGCACCAGAUAGGUCAGCAAGGAAGACCACUUCCACUGGGUUCAUCGGUGAAGAAGCGGCUAUGGGAGAGAAAGAGGGAAAGUUGUCAUCUUCAACGAAGGAGAGUGCACUCGUAUGGGUGGAAGAAACUUUGAGGAGAAUUGAACAGCUAGCAGCUGCCCAGGUGGAGGGGAAUAGGAGGAUGCCUUUUCAUGACAAGCAGAUGAGAGAAGAAGUUUCCGACACUCCGGCAAUGAACGGUGUUUCGAAUGAUGCUCAGGGGAGAGCGGUGGUAGCCCAAGAUUUGCCUGGUCAGAAUUGCAAGUUAUCUGAGUCGUUCCGGGCAGUGAAGUCCCAGGAAUCAUACGUGGAAGAUGUGAAACAUUGCUUGGAGGCGAUUUACAGCGGGGAGUCGUAUGAGGUGUGUCUCACCACCUCUCUCAUCUCUGAUCGUGCGCCGGCAAACCCUCUCUCUUUCUACCGAAUCCUCCGCGAGAAGAAUCCCGCACCGUACGCCGCGUGGCUGAACUUCAGCAGCGAUAGCCUGUCCAUCUGUUGCUCAUCGCCAGAGAGAUUUCUCCGGCUCGAUAAAGAUAGAACUCUUGAGGCAAAACCAAUCAAGGGGACAGUGCCGAGAGGCACGAACGAGGCAGAAGAUGAGUUGCGGAAGCAGACACUGAUGUGCAGUGAGAAGGACAGCGCUGAGAACCUAAUGAUUGUAGAUCUGCUGCGCAAUGAUCUGGGAAGAGUAUGCGAUCUGGGAUCGGUGCAUGUCCCGAUCUUCAUGGACGUGGAAACGUACGCAACAGUUCAUCAGUUAGUGAGCACCAUUAGAGGAAAGGUGCGCAGCGAAAUUGCCCCGAUGGAUUGCGUCCGUGCGGCAUUUCCGGGUGGUUCUAUGACGGGAGCGCCGAAGCUGCGGACAAUUCAGAUACUCGACGCCAUUGAAGGCAGAGCAAGGGGGGUAUACUCUGGUUCGAUUGGCUUUUUCAGUAUCAACGGAACGUUUGAUCUGAAUAUUGUCAUCAGAACCGCUGUUGUACAUAACAACCGUAUGAGCAUCGGCGCAGGAGGAGCGGUAGUUGCAUUGUCGGACUCGCACAACGAGUACAUGGAGAUGCUUCUAAAGACCAGGGCAAUUCUGAUGGCAUUGGAUGCAUACAACAUGAUGAGUGUUGAUCCUAGCAAAGGAGGAGGCAACGGACAAUGCGACAGAGAAACCGAAACAAAACCGACACAAAGCCAACACAGAAACCAACCCAGAAACCUAUAACGUCAUGGGCCGGGAUAUAAAAAGUCAGCCCGACCUAACAGCUAGGCAAAUUCAACGCGAAUGAUUGGUAACACUUUUAUGCGUGUUGGAGGAUGUUGUCAUUUCCCUUUUCGAGGAACUGCAAUGCCAUUCUUUUCGGUUUUUUUUUGGCCUGUUUCUUUGGGGAUCGCUAAGUUGAAGGCCGCAUGAUUGAGAUUCUUUUUCUGUCUUAGUCUGUCUGCCAUUUGUGGGUUCCACUGUGAAUGUGUUACAGUCUGAUUGUAUAUCUAACAUUCGGAUCAAAGAGGGUAUGGCAUUCUGGGCACUGCUACUCUCCUGGGUUCAAACUUAGAAGUCAACUAGAGGUCCCUGAUUCAUUUGCAGUAAUGUUUCGCUAGAGUAGCACGCCGAGCAGCCUAGAUGCACACUGCUGCUUGGAUGCAGAGAAGAUGCUGAAGGAUACUGAGCAACAACAUAGAUUCACACUUCUUUUUUCUCUGUUCAUCUGAUUGCGCUGGGAUCUGAACUUCGGUCUGUAUAUCGGCAGUUUGUGGGUGUACCAGCUGAGCUCGGCCCGCUAGUUAGAUGUGCGCGCUACUAUUUGGAUGCAGAGCAGAUUUUGAAGUUGAAUAGGGAGGCGUACGUUGAACAGCAUUAAUGACACUG